AUGUUUUCACCGCUGGCCACUAUUCGCCGCCAGUACUACAGCGUGCUACGAUGGCCUCAUAUUCGAAAGAGCGUGUCUGUAGCGUGUGGCUCUGGAGGCUUUGUAGAUAUCGAGUCCGUGAUUACAAAAUCCUACUAUGAAUGCGACUUCAGCGCUAACGCCUACAGCAGUUUGUAUAACGUUGACGAAUUUUCACCUACAAAGUUCCUGGUUCUUCAUUUGUCUCCAUCACCGGGGAACGCCUACAGCGCAAAGCAGCUGCCGGAAUUCUUGUAUGAUUGGCCUGUGGCAAGCAUCAACUACCGAUGGGAGACAGAACGUCGCGAUCUCGCAAUUCAAGAUGCCGCCAGCGAAGAGCACGACUUUGCUGGCUCUUUAGAUUGGCCUACGCCGAUACAUGAUGUCGCUUUUGCUUACCAGUGGAUAACUAGAGCUCUGAUGCCUCCAAACAAUGGCCGAGGAGGCAUUUACGUCUAUGGAUCUCAUCUCGGGGCUGGCAUAGCCAUGUCUCUCUCAUUGACCGAGUCACGUCCAAAUGAAAAGUUUUGCGUGCGUGGCAUCGCGGCCUACAAUGGCAUCUACAACUGGACCAUGUUUCUGCCAGGCCACAGAAUCAACAUGAUUAGGUCCAUGAUGGACGUUGCAAGUCUUUCGCGGCGUACAAACGGCAACCUUCGACUUGAUACCCUGCAACAAAAGUUGGUAUCCCUGUUUCAAACGCCAGCCAGUCUCUUUGACCCCUUCGCAAGCCCAAGCCUCUUCUUCCACAACCCAGGGCUAUCCAUACCCGAAUCAUUUUACACAUCUACACAGCUCGCCAGCAUUAUUCGCAAUAUGAAAGGGCAGGUGAGCGACGAGUCCAAGGGAAAUGUCUUGCCCCGCAACUCGUAUCUUAAGUUCCCUCCUAGAGACUCAACGAUGAAGAUACCUGAAACCAUCCUCUUACAUGACGCGCCGUCUGGACCACCAACACGACAACCAAGAACAAAAAAGGGACUCAAAGGCAGUAGCGACGGAGACCAGAGGAACACAUUUAAGAAUCAAACAGAAGAAAUUGCUAGUUUAAUGAGGCGCAGUUUGGCCAGGAUUGAGCUUAAGGAGAAAGCGAGAUGGGAAGAGGACGCGCAUUAUUUGGCAGAAGAGCCGAAACGUAGAAUUCGGGUUGUCGAGGUAGGACCAGAAAGGGAGGACCUGGAGCUGAAUGAGAUCGGCCAGAAAGCUGUUUUGAAUUGGUUGGAUGAGAAUCUUAGAACUAUACACUUGAAAUAA